GCGUAGCAGUCUGCAGUCGCCAGGCUCCCAACACACACACGCACGCAGACGCGCGCGCGCGGAUAAAGAGCUAGUAACCCUUUCGAGCCAUGUGUACGACCCUCGAAACUCGCUGACAGGAUCUUCUCGGCUUUUGUUUUCGUUUUGUUUCUUUUCUUUUUUUUCUUUCCUCCUCCUCCUGCCAGCGCGUGAUGUGCGCAGCACAGAGCUCAAACUAGUGGACGAGCAGAGAGAGGGAGAGAGAGGGAGAGAGAGAGAGAGAGAGAGGAGCAGAAACAGGAGGAGAAACUUCAGUUGUUGGAUUAAACGGAGCGACGGAGACACCUGACAGCACCUGGAUGUCUUAAUUAAGGUUUAUCAAAUGAUCCAGGCAUGGAGACCAAAAGAUACCAAAGUUUCUACGAAGGUACAGACACCGAAAACAGAUGGGCCCAGGUGCCAAGAUCUAUGGAGUUCUGCUGUACGGCAGAGGAGGGCAGCCUAAUGAACAGUGAUGUCCUGAUGGACAUUGUAAAUGGGAGCAAUACAUCCAAUGCCCAAGUUCCCACCUGUAAGGACACCUUUGAAAAGAAAACUGAGGCACCGAUACUUCGGCUGAAUCCAAACCAGCCACUCAGCUUGCCCGCAUUCAACAACUCUCUUCACAACCGCAAACCAGAUGCAGACUCUAAAGAGCUCUCUAAAACUGUUGCUGAGUCUAUGGGACUGUAUAUGAAUGCUGCCAGAGAGGCUGAAUUUGCCUUUGGUCAGCAGGGUCCUGCUGCAGGGUGCCAGGGCAGCCCUGGGAAAAUGUACCCUCUGUGUGGCCAAGGAAUUGAGGACAAUCGAUCUGGAGCUGUGGGGAGCCCCAAUCUGAAAGCUCCACCAACAACAUUCCCAACCAUGUCUCAGCUUUCCAAUGGCAAUCUUGGGGAGUGUGUUGUAGGAACUGCGCCAGCACCCUCUGCCCUGGCCACAGCUCUGUCCAGCCCUAUUGAAAACUCCAGCAACAUCUCCAGUCCUACUGGAAACAACAUAGUGACUUCCACCACCAGUCCCACCUAUUUUGGCGCUAGCUGCCCUUCCAUUGGCAGCCCAGCAAGUUUGGGUCCAGUCGGUUCAGGCCUGGCACCAGGCCACCGCCUCAACUCCAGCACCUGCAGCCCAGUAGAAUCCAGUACAGUUGGUUCUCCGCCACUGGCAAGCCCCUUAAACGUGAUGAAGUCACCCAUUUCAAGCCCCCAGAGCAUGGGAAGCGUGAGGACGCCCCCGUCCUGCAGCACCAACAUAAGGUCAUCAGUGUCCAGCCCUACAGGAAGUGGUAGCAACCAGAGGCCAUCCAUGUCCAGUCCGCCCACUACGGGUUCCAUGGCCAUGUCCAGUCCCAGAAACCCCUCCAGGAGCUUCUCCGUCUCAAGCCCGCCCAGCGGCCUGGGUUUAGUCCAGAAUGAUGUCCAUAGUCCAGAGGUCCGAGAGCCUGACUUCAAAAGCUUUGAAUUCCCGAAAGUGGAGAACAUAGAUGGGGAGAUCUUUAAUGUAGGCCUGGACUCCAUGGGGAUGAUCAAGUACAUUAAGAAUGAGCCAGACACUGAUUACAGGAGUAUGUGUCUGGGUAGUGGCAAAAGCAACAUGUCGCAUUCACCAUUUAUCUCACAGAUUAAAAUUGAGCCGAACCGAGAUAUGACUUGCGCAGGUGCGCGCUAUGGUGAACCACAGCACCCAAUGGGACUCUUCCCAGGCUCAGAGACCUUGAGGGAUAAUAUCGAUGAAUACAAUCUCUCAGGGAUUCUGGGGCCUCCCAUUUCUUCUCUUAAUGGCAACUAUGAGCCUGGUGUGUUUCCUAACAAUGACCUGCCCAAGGGGAUUAAACAGGAGACCAAUGAUGGCAGCUAUUACCAAGAGAAUAAUAACGUGCCCGCAUCGGCUAUUGUUGGCGUUAAUUCAGGUGGACAUUCAUUUCAUUACCAGAUCGGAGCUCAAGGAACAAUGUCGUUUUCGCGGCAUGACAUGCGGGACCAGACGAACCCCUUGUUGAAUCUAAUUUCUCCAGUUACUGCGCUAAUGGAGACAUGGAAAACACGCCCAGGCCUGUCGCAAGGCCCCCUGUCCACCCGAGGAGACGGCUAUCCGGGCCCCGGCUGCCUCUCAGACAACAUGGCAAGCGCAUCGCUGAGGCAUUCGUCCUCCACGGCCAAAGUGUGUUUGGUGUGUGGAGACGAGGCGUCCGGCUGCCACUAUGGGGUGGUCACCUGUGGGAGCUGCAAAGUCUUCUUCAAAAGAGCAGUGGAAGGGCAGCACAACUACCUUUGCGCUGGGAGGAACGACUGCAUCAUCGACAAAAUCCGACGGAAAAACUGUCCAGCUUGCCGAGUACGGAAGUGUCUCCAGGCAGGGAUGAAUCUAGGAGCACGGAAGUCAAAGAAGUUGGGGAAGCUGAAGAGUGUGAGUGAGGACUCAGUGCAGGGUUCUAAAGACACCGUCCCGUUCCUCUCGUCAGAGAAGGAGCUGAACUCCAUGGCUCUGGUUCCCCACAGCCCUGCCAUCACACCGUAUCUGUCUCCGUCCGUCUGCAGCGUCCUGGAGCUCAUUGAGCCCGAAGUGGUGUUCGCCGGCUAUGACAGCACACAGCCAGACACAACUGACCACCUGCUGACCAGCCUAAAUAAGCUCGCUGGCAAACAGAUGAUCCGCGUGGUCAAGUGGGCCAAAGUACUUCCAGGUUUCCGCACUUUGCCCAUUGAGGACCAAAUCACGCUGAUCCAGUAUUCCUGGAUGUGUCUCUCCUCCUUCUCCCUUAGCUGGAGAUCCUACAAACACACCAACGCGCAGAUGCUCUACUUCGCCCCUGACCUUGUCUUCAACGAGGAGCGCAUGCAGCAGUCGGCCAUGUACGAUCUGUGUCUGAGCAUGAAGCAGGUCAGUCAGGAGUUUGUCCGGCUGCAGCUCACCUACGAAGAGUUCCUCGCCAUGAAGGUACUGCUGCUCCUCAGCACAGUGCCCAAAGAUGGUCUGAAGAACCAGGCGGCAUUUGAGGAAAUGAGAGUGAACUACAUCAAGGAGCUGCGGCGUUCGGUGGGCAAGGCCACCAACAACUCAGGCCAGACGUGGCAGCGCUUCUUCCAGCUCACCAAGCUACUAGAUGCCAUGCAUGAUCUGGUGGGGAACCUGCUGGACUUCUGCUUCUACACUUUCCGCGAGUCGCAGGCUCUAAAGGUGGAGUUCCCCGAAAUGCUGGUGGAAAUCAUCAGCGACCAGAUACCAAAGGUGGAGUCGGGCAUGACACACAUCAUUUACUUUCACAAGAAGUGACUGGCAGUGGAUAAAAGGAAGAGAGGAAGCAGUGGAUGAAAGAAAGAGGGAGAGAGAAGAGAAGACACCAAUCCCUCAGAGAGAGAGAGAAGCCUCAAGGUGGCCAGCUCGCCCGCUAUGCACAAAGAUAGACGGAUAUAUGCCAUCGGAAACGUGGAGGAAGAGAAGGAAAGUAGUGUUGUCUGUAGCCAGCCAGUUGGGGAGAACUCUCUUUGUUUCUCCUCGCCCCCAAAGACAAUGCUGACAAUGUUCCUUCUAUGGAUAUGAAGCCAUACAUUUAUUUGGUAAAGCUAUAGUGCACAGGUACAAGUGUAUAAAUAAUACUAAAACACACACACACACUCAAACAGAGAGAGAGCGAGAGAGAGAGAGAGAGAGAGAGAGAGAGAUGGUAAUGUCCCUGCCUCUGAAUACAUACAAUCUGCAGUUAAUUACUGAGGCAUUUAUUUUAUUGUUAUUUAGCUGAUCUGGACACAUCCACGUUCUUUGAGACUAUAGAAAAAAAGGAAAAAGCAAUGAAAGAAACAACAUCCUGUUUGUAUAUUUCCGUAGCAAACAUACUUACUUUCAUUAUCAGAGUUUUUUUUUUGGUUUUUUUGGUCAAAGAUGAGGCAAGAGAGGACAUUUUUCCAAGGGCUACACUACCUAAAAUCCCAAUAGUGUGUCUAAUUGGUGUGUAUUAAAAACACAAAGCAAACACACGCACCAUUUCUUACUGUUAUUUAAAAGGAAGAACAAUCAAGCCUGAACCGAUAUGCAAACCAUGAAAACAUUCUUAUGUAAAAACGAGACUUUUUGUAGUCGGUAAACAUUAUAAGUGAGAUGUGCUGUGACAGAUGUUUGAAUACAGAGUAAUUCCCUUUUCAAAGUUAAAUGAGGUAUGAAAAUAAAAAGAUCCCACAUGUAUCUCUCAGAGAAUGAUGCUAAUACAUUAAAGGAAAGCAUAGAAAGCCUUUGUUUUAAUAACCUUGAGGGAAACAUGGUGGUUAAUACAUGGUUCCAGGUAAUGUGAGGCAGUUUCAAUGGCCACACAAAACUAAUGUUCAUUAAUGUGCGAGAUAAUUAAUAGCAGAAUCUGUUUUUAUGAGUUUGUUGUUUGUUUUUACAUUAGGGCUGCACAAUAUGGAAAAAAAUACUAGUAUCAUGACUAUUUUGCUACCUAUUUCAAUUGCAGUAUGUCUUGCAAUAUACAGUUGUGUGCAAAAGUUUGAACACCCCUGGUAAAAUGAUGUUUUAUUGAUUUUCUAAGUAGGUGUGUCCUGUACAGGAAACAAAUGUAAAUCUAACGUUUUCCUGGAAAAAAUAAUAUAGUAAAUUUUAGUGCAUAAUUUUUAUUUAUUCACUGAAUUUUAUAGAUUGGGGGAAAAAAAAAUAUAUAAAAUGUGCAGUAACUUUUGCACACCUUUUUUGUUUUAUUUUUCCUGUAUGUUACACUGAGCAAAUAAACAGUAAUUAUGCAUUAAAAUGUGCAGAAGCAGCUUAUUUUCAUUUAGAAAAUCAACCUGUAAUUUGAAAUUUGAAUACAUUUAGGGGUGGACAGUUUUCUCAAAUACACGAUAUGCAUCACGAUAUUUGAUUUAAGUUUUAUAAGAUGGAACAAACAAAAAGACAAUGUUAAAAACUAUCAAUAUGAAUAUUCAACAUCUGACAUACAGUGAUGCACAAAAUCAACUUAAACAGGACUAAUUUGCAGGCUUUGUAAUGAAACGUGCAAUUGGUCAGCAAUGAUGACCACAGCAAAGCGAAUUGUGAUGUACUUAUAGGCGUAACAAUAAACAUAUUGUCAUAUUGCCCACCCCUAUCUGCAUUACUUUGACCAAAAUAAUUCACUUUUAUUUGUCUAUAUAAAUAUUGUGAUUCAUCAAAUCACUCACAGAAACUGGAGCUGUGAUUGGUCAGGAUGCUCACAGAACAAGGAAGUAAAAAAAAAAAAAAGUGAUUGGUUAGUCUUAAUUGUCCGUCAUGGUCUUCUGCAGUAUUGUGAUAAUGAUUUAUAUAUAUAUAUAUAUAUAUAUAUAUAUAUAUAUAUAUAUAUAUAUAAUAUAAAAUAAUAUAUUGUGCAGCCCUAUUUUUUCUCACUGUACUAGUCCUACGCUUUCCAGUGAAUGGAUUCCAUGAAAACAACAACAAAACAUGAUGUCAGUUGGUGGAGGUGAACAGAACGCUGCUACGCUGCUCACGUGUUUGGUUAUUCAUUCUUUGUUUUUUUCUUCAAAUAUGUGUAUGCCACAUGAUAAGCCAGGUAGAAAGCUUAUUAGGAAAAGAAAACAAACAAAAAAACAAAAACAUGUCAUUGCAAUCAAAAAUAUCCAACAAGUUAUCAUGCACCACUUCAUCUCACGCAUUUACAAGCCUAGUCUGAAGGCUCGUCCCACGUUAAACUCCAUAGAUUCAGUCUGAAACUACUUUCUUGUAAGUCUGUUUCCAAACAAUGAAAAAAGGCCUCAUAGAAUUCCAUUCACUGAUUUAGUGAGUGGAUCUUAACCAAUCAGAGCAUUGAAGCAUCAUCAUUUCUAAUCCUCUAGUGCACCCUCCAGUUUCUGGGACCAAUCAGAACAGUCAGGAGGUGUGUAUAUAUAUACCAACUACAUAUAUAUAUAUAGGCCUCAGGAAAGAAGUAGGUCCAGACUUGGAGAGGACACAUUAGCAAUGCAGGAAAGUUAUACACAGGCCAUGUUUUGAGUGGAGAGUUACGAGUGAGAACUGUACUCGCUAACCAUACAUAUACACAGUGACUAAACCAGCUCCCUUGUAACAGUGAAAUUACUAAUCUACGGUUUUCAAGAUAUAUAUAUAUAUAUAUAUAUAUAUAUAUAUAUGAUAAAGCAUUUUCUAUGAGUGUGUAAUGAAGUUUUUUAAGAGCCAGUCUAGUUGGUUCUAACAAGGUGCUUCUUUUUCUUAAAAUAAGUAAAUAAAGAAAUACAACUAGGUGUAAAAUUUUCAGUAGCUGCACAUGUACAGUUAGGUAUGGUGAAUAAAACUUGGCUUUCAGACACAUGCAGCUUUCAUAUGGGAAACAAUUAUGACAAUAAUGUAACACUAAAAAAACUACAGUAGCCUGCUGUGUGUGCUUACGAGAAAUAUAUGUGAACACUCGCAGAAAUAACUGUUGCUUAUAGUCAUUAUUUUACACACAUGCUGUACAGAAAAAAAUGCCAAAUUGGCAACACAAUUUGUUUCACAAGGGAAUGUAUCCCUUUUAGGAAAUUUAAAUGGUCAGAAUUCCUCAAGGCAGCCUUAGGAAAUAACAUGCUCUGGACCACUGUUGCAUUGCAAAACUGAUAUCUUUGAAAGUGAAAUCAUCUUAAAACUAGUGGAUAUAUAUACGAUUUCUCAUUAUACAACUGUUUUACAAACUCCUAUUCCAAAAAUGUUGGGACAGUGUGUGAAAGGCUAAUAAAAACAGAAACAGUAAUUAGUAAAUUCUGUCUGACCUGGAUUAAACUGAAAAUGAUUCGAAACUCAGUAUUUGAAGUUUUACUCUAAUAACUUACUGUGAAAUACAUAUACAUACGUACCAAAUCUGAUGCCUGCAACACAUUCCAAAAAACCUGGGACAGGAGCAUGUUUACCACUAUGUUACAUCACCUUUUAACAGCACUUAAUAAACAUUUUUAGGGACUGCCACUUUUCUGUUAUACCAGUCUUCAGCUGUAUAACCAUACAUGAACUUUAUUAUUGUAUUUUGGGCUUAAUAGCGCACCACUCAAUUAUAGUGGGACUCCAGGCAGCCCUGUCUAGCACCUUCAUUCUCUGAUUACACAGCCAUGCUGUUGUAACGUGCAGAAUGUUGUCAUGCUGAAAUAAGCAUGGACAUCCCUGAAAAAGACGGUGUCUAGAAGGCAGCUCCAACAUGUGUUCAGUGUUAAAAGUCCCUUCACCGAUGUGCAAGUUACCUACUAAUACAGCCCCAAUACUAUGACAGAUGCUGGAUUUUGAACUUUACACUGAUAACAACUUGGAUGGUCCCAUUCUUCUUUGGCACACAGAAAACAGCAUGUAUUAUUAUAAUAAACAAUCAAAGUUUGAGUCAUCUGUCCACAAUACUUGUUUCCACUGGGCAGCAGUCUAUUUCAGAUGAGUUUGAGUCCAGAGAAGUCAGAUGUUCUUCAGUGAAGCAUGCCAGUUUUUGAUGCAGUACCAUAUGAGGGUUCAAAUGUUGUGGGCAUUCAGUUUUGGUUUUCAGCAUUGCCCUUUAUGCACAGAGAUUUCUCCAGAUUCCCUGAAUACUUUGAUGUUGUCAUGCACAGUAGACGGUGAAAUACCUACAAUCUUUGCAGCCACUCGCUGAGGAACUUUAAUCAUUGAACUGUUUUAUUUUUUGUUGAUGCAUUUUUGUGGCAAGGUGGUGCUUCGACUUAUCCUUGCUCAUGAGCCUUCCCUGGAUGCUCCUUUAAUACCAAAGCAUGAUUGCAUCACCUGUUCAAGGUGUUUUUUGGAAAUUUCAUAGUAUUUCUAGUGUUAAAUUGCCCCUGUCUCAACUUUUUUUAAUUUGUUGCAGGCAUCAAUUUCAGUAUGAAUGUAAGUUCACAAAAAACAAUGAAAUUGAUAAAGUACAUUAUAUAUCUUUUAUUUGUAUGGUUUUGGUUCAGAGUAAAUAUGUAAAUCACUUUUCUGUUUUUUAUUUGCAUUUUACCUGUCAUUUCAAAUUGUUUUCAAAAUGGUUGGUAAGAAUAUUGUAUUAAUUCUUUAACUUAUUUCUUUACAGUUGUUACUUGUUUUAAACCAUUUUAUCUAGCAAAUUUGUUGUUCUAUUGGCAGAUAAUUUUGGUUGUUUGCUAGAUAGAAUGACUUAACAUGAGUAAUAAAAUCAAGAAUUAUAAGAAUUGCAUUGGAUAAUCUUAAAAUAUUCUCAUAAUGAAAAGUAUUAGCUAUAUUGACUA